UCCGCUGUGAGUCCGAGCUGAUAAAGAAUUCCGGCUCUCUGGUACCUCCAGCUGUGCCAGGGAGUUCACUCUGGCUGAUUUCGUGUCCACACUGGUCCCAUUGGCCUCUCCCCUCCAUGGCCCUCCUGGCUCUCACCCUGGCUCUGCUGGCCAUGACCGUGGCCACCACGGCCAUAAUGGUGACACCCUUGGACAUGGCCCUGGACUCCUUCGAUGACCAGUACCGGGGCUGUGGCCCUGCCAUGAAGGCAGAGCUGCCGGCCCUGAACCGCUCUGAGCUCCAGAACAAUCGUCUGUUUGCCAAGGGCUGGUCUGAGGCAGUGGACAAGUGGCGGAAUACGGGGUCCCCUGUGUCCCCUCUGUUAUCCUCAGACCAGGCCAUCUCCAUCAUGGCCUAUCACGAGUUUGACCUGCACAAUGCUUUCAACGAGGAUGUGAGCGUGUCCGGGCGCUCCCCCCGGGCAUACCGGGACAAGUUCCGGUUCAAAACGCUGCAUUUCCUGCUGACCGACGCCGUGGCCUCGCUGAGGGCUGCUCAGAAGGAGCAGGGAUGUCUCUGUGUGAUCCACGUGGACCCAAAGUACAAGUUCAACGCAAAUCCUGGCGACAUCGUCCGGUUUGGUCAGUUCGUGAUGUUGUCGCGCUGCAAUGAUGACAUCGAGAGUUUGAGGACCCCCACGGUGUUCCAGGUGCAGACGUGUCAUAGUGUGAACAUCAACUCAUUCACUGGAAAUCCCAACUCUGAUGUGGUGCUGAUUCCACCCUUCGAGAAGUUCAAGGUCACCAACGUCAUUGAUUAUGGGGAGAAUGUGGAGAUCCUCCUCGACUCCAUCGGGACCUACAGCAAAUACAACUGCGAGUGGCUGCAAGGUGGGAGCAUCCCCAGAGCCCCUGUCCACCUCAGAGGACUCCUCCUGGCCACCACAGUCCUGGCAGUGGCCACAGGGAUCCUUUGA